CCGUCCAGAUAGAAUCCGGCAGCGCUCCAAAUACUAUCUCUACUGCUCUCUUCCACCCUCUCGCUCAAGAACGGCGGCCACGCUCGCGUCCUUCUCCCCGCGCCGCCACCGCCCAUGGCGUCGCUGCUCCGUCUCCAGGCCCUCUCCCUGACGCUCAACACUCCCCGCUGCCUUCCCUUCCAUCUCCGCCUCGCCGCAGCCGCGGGGGCACCGCUCGCACGCCGCAUAUCUGCCGCUGCAUCCAACGGCUCGCCGGAGCAGCGGGCCUCGGAAACGGAUUUGGAGUCAGGGUUGUAUCUAGUGGCGACACCCAUUGGGAACCUUGAAGAUAUCACCUUGAGGGCAUUGCGUGUUCUUAAAUGUGCUGAUGUCAUACUCUCUGAAGACACAAGGCAUUCUGGAAAGUUGCUUCAACAUUACAACAUCAAGACACCUCUUCUCAGCUUCCAUAAGUUCAACGAGCGUGAGAGAGAGCCUAGUAUCUUAAAGAGGAUUCAUGAAGGGGAAGCAGUUGCGGUGAUUAGUGAUGCUGGUACUCCGGGCAUCAGUGACCCUGGCAUGGAACUGGCCAGACUAUGUGCAACUGAAAAAAUUCCUGUUAUUCCCAUUCCUGGGCCUUCUGCCGCAAUGGCUGCUCUUUCUGCGUCGGGUUUGCCAACAGAUGAAUUCACAUUUGUGGGUUUUUUACCUAAGCAUGGCCGAUCAAGAAAAGAUAGGCUUGAGCUAUCUGCCCGUGAAGCUGCUACACAAAUAUUUUAUGUCCCUCCUCAUGGAAUUCAUCAAUUUCUUGUUGAUGCGGCUUCGUCUUUUGGUGAUUCGAGAUUCAGGCCAUGUGUUAUUGCAAGGGAGAUAACAAAAUUACAUGAAGAGUUUUGGCGAGGAACUCUAGGUGGAGCAAAUGAAGCCUUUGCAACUCGACAGCCAAAGGGGGAAAUCACAGUACUCAUAGAAGGGAACUCAAUUUCAGUUGAUGAAACUCCAUCCGAGGAUUUCCUUGAACAUGAACUCAAAGAAUUGAUGGCAAAAGGGCAUGCCCUUUCAACGGCGGUGAAAUUGGUGGCUGAUGCUACGUCAGCAAAGAAAAAAGAUGUUUAUGCACUCGCACUGAGGGUGUUUGGAAAAUGAGUAAAAUGCAAAAAAUGCUUGUUCCAGUACAUAGACUGUUGGGCAUGUCCAUGGUCAGUAAUUGCAUGGACAUUGGAAUAGCAGGGAUAUCAGGUCUUUCUGAACAAAGCAGCUGAUUAACAUUUGAAGGGAGUACGGAGAAUUCACUGCAAGAUUGCUGGAGGACUGCAUCAUUCUUCAUCGUUAGUCAUUACUGUUUCGUGAUAAGAUGGUUUCUCCCAGGAAAGUAGCCAUGCUCAGCAUUCAAAUAUUUUCACGGCAAUACAUCAUGGCCAGGCGGCGCUGGGCCUUCAAAAUGCCAGAUGUUUUGAUGUAAAACCAGCUAAAGAUGGAUAUAAAUUUAGAAGUUUGGAACUUUUCUUUGCUCCAUUGGUGAAUGCCACAGUUAGGUGAUGGUUGAUCCAACAUAACAGGGUCACAAAUUUGAUAAAGCAAAAUUGCAGGACCAUAUUGACCAGUUGGAUUCAAAAACAACCUGAUGGCCAGAAAGUGUCUAAAUUAGAUUGUCGUCACCACUGUUGAUGUUCGGCUUGUUGUUUACUUCUUUAUGUUUCUUGUGAAUCACAUGAUAUUUGGAAAAUAGGUACCCACUUUUUUUC